AUGGCUGCAUGCUUAUCAUCAUUAGGUCAUGAUCAAUAUUCUUCCAACAAUUUUGAUGAACUUUUCAACCUGCCACGCUACAAGAGGUACUACGACUUUUCUUCUUAUCAAGUUAAUGAUCAUCUGGAAAAUCACAGCAACAAGAGAUUCAAAUUUAGUCAUGAUGAUGUUCCAUCAUUCAAGAAAGUACUGGAUGACAACGUUGAAAAGAAAGUACUCGAAUUUAGUAGCAACAAAUUACCAUGUCUAAAAAUGGUAGCUGGAUCUUUAUACAUACCCAAAGACAAUCCAAAGAAGCCGCUAGGUGAAGAUGCACACUUCAUCCAUGAAGUAUACCAAACUAUUGGUGUCGCUGAUGGCGUUGGUGGUUGGGCUCAACAUGGGAUUGACGCUGGAAUAUACGCGAGAGAGCUUAUGAAGAAUUCACUUAUCGCUACAGAUAAUGAACCGACGAAAGGUCACGUGAACCCUAAAAGGGUUCUUGAAGAAGCAUACAAAAACACAAAGCCCGAAGGAUCGUCUACAGCUUGUAUUAUAACCCUCAACUCGGAAAAAAGUACUAUAGUUGCUGCUAAUGUUGGCGAUAGUGGAUUUUUCCUAACCAGAAAGGAGAAAAUUAUAUAUAAGUCGCCGAUACAACAACGGGGAUCAUUUGGAUGUCCGUAUCAAUUGGGAAACUGCAGGGAUAAUCCUAGCGUUGCUCAGGAGAUGGAAUUAAACGUCGAAAAAGAUGAUAUUUUGAUGAUUGGAACGGACGGGAUGCUUGAUAAUAUGAAUGAAAGUGAAAUUGAGGAAAUUGUUCGGAGAGCGAUCGAUGAGAAGUUGAAGGCAAAGGAGUUGGCUAAGAAAAUUGGAAACAUUGCAUUGUACAACUCAUUCGAUAGAUUUGCAGAUACACCAUAUGCAAGAGCAUCUAAGGGACGACAUAAAGGAGGAAGAAUUGAUGAUAUUACUGUUAUUGUUGCUUAUAUACAAUAA